CCUUUUCGUAUCUUGUGAUUGAACUUUUUUGACGCAGUAAAGUUGAACUUCUUAAGUCAAUUUUUGUACUUCUCUUGAUAACGGAAAGUAAUUAAAUCCUAGAAUUUAAGAUAAAAAGAAAGAACAAUAUUUGAUCAAGUGAUUAGACGAAUAUUUAGACACUUGGAAGGAUAUACUGUGCUAAAGAAACAACCAGAUCUGGUUCAUUGUGAAGAAGCAAACGCAAAAGUACCACAAUGAUGAGUGUUAAGAAAAAAAUGAAGGAUUUCUCCAGAGAUCCUGGGGAAGAUGAAAAUUACAAAUCAACCACAAGCAGCAGAAUUAUUCAGGUUUUUCAUCUUAAUUAGUAAACAAAAGCAGACCAAACCAAACCAUCCCCCAAAAUGAUGAGUAGAGUGGAGGAGCUUCGAGCUCUCAAAGAUCGAAGAUCACGGAAUCGUGAAGUCAGGGAUUUUGAAGAACGGAUUUUACUGGAUAAUUUAGAGGAGACAGAGCGACAGUUACAUGGCACACCAAAUAAUACAUACAGGAAACAGCUUCCUCUUUCUAAGCAUGAAGACUUAAGACAACUGCAGAUAGAAUAUGAAAGAAUGAGAGAACAAGAGCGAAAGAUGAUUCAAGACCUAGGUCCAUUACAUCAUAGAAGUACUGGCCGUAACUCAGAUGCUAGUAUGAGUAUACACUUACUUAAAGAUAGAAGCAAAUAUAACCCCAACAAUGAUCCCAAGUUACAAUCACUGGCAGAAAACCAUGGUAAACAAAUGGAAUUUCUCUCCAAUAGAAAUCGUGAUCUAGAACGGCAGAGAGAUGAAAUUCGCAGGCGUCUAGGUGAUCUAGGCAGGAAACCUCCAGAAUCUGACAAUACUGCUGCUUUAAUCGCAGAAUUACGAGAUCAGGAGGCAAGAAAUCAAAGACUUCUAGAGGAGUUAAAGAAACAGUUAUUGGCAUCAAGACAGCCAGUGGCCAUCAUUGGAGAACAGCAACAUGUUCAACAGAAGAAAUCUUUCACAUAUCCCAUCUACUAUGGUAACUCAUUGGUUGCUGAAAUUAGUGCUAUUCGCCAGGCUUAUAUUCAGAGUGGAGGAGACGAUCCUGAAAUCUUAGCUCAGUUAGCUCAGAUGCUAGCAGAAGCUCAAGCUAUUGAAGAAGCCAUGAGAAACAAAAAACCUCCUGAACCCAAACAAAAAGAAAAGAAAACAGAUUUUUCUGCACACAUCAUGACAUUAGAUAUGGAAAAUGAAAGAUUAAAUAGAGAACUUUACUUGCUGCAAGAACAAAAUCUGAUGGCAAAGGGUAGGCGCAAAGAUGACAGAGAAGAUGAACUUGAACGAGAAAUCAGAAGAUUACAGCAAGAUCAUCUACUAAAAAUGUAUGAAUUACAACAGAAUAUGGAGGCGAUACGUCAAGAAACAAAGAUACAACUAGAACUCAACAGCCAACAACAGAAUCCACCACAAAAUAUAAUUGUACAUCAACCACCAUGUCCACAACCUAUAGCAGCAGCACCAAUACAACCAGCUAUUCAAACAAAGUAUAUUGAAGUGGAUAGACACACUCAUUGUUAUGAUCAACAUGCUGGGUUUGUUAUUUUCUAUGAUUUUGUGCUAAAUCUUGAUCCUCGAGUAACAGCUGUUCGACUUAUUGCUGGUUUACAUAACACUAUUUCCAAAAUGGGUGAUCCAUCUGUACUACCAAUGGUUUAUGCUGAACCAUCAACCCGGCCUCAAGCUUACAAUACCAACAGUGCACUGAUUGGUGCAAGACAACCUGUUCCAAGAUGUCCACCUCAGCCCGAUCUAGGUAUUGUAGUAGAGUUACAAUGUGCUGGUGGACCAGGGUCAGAACAUGAUGAAACUCGUCUUAUAACACGAGCCUGGACUAAAAUACCACUAUUUGAUGAUAAUAAUAUGCUGUUGGCAGGAAGAUUUAAGUUACCUUUGAGAAUGGUGCCAAUUAAACCAUUUGUUUCCAGUAAUGAUCUGUCUCAGAUUCCACAGUACGGAGAAUCUGAAAUAUAUUAUCGUAUUGUGCACAUGAAUGAAGCUGGUAUACAUGCUACAUCUACUAUAGCUGAUACUAAUAGUGUUACUUAUCAGUUAGCACCACAGGGAGGAAUAGUAUUACACCAGACAACUAUAUCACCUGUAAUGAUCCCACCUCCUCCUUCAACUAGUCCUCCACAUUCGCCAUAUCACAGUCGCCUAGACAACUAUCCCGUGAGGGGCAAUCCGAACAUGGAGCCACUGGUAGGGUUUCAAGUCGAUAGAGUUAAAAAUGCUGAACCAGGAGAAGGAAAAGUUAGAUUAAGCGUUUAUUAUUCUUCUACUGGAAAGGUUGCACAAUCAGGCAUAGGACCUGUAACAUGUAGUACUACAGCUGUUAGAUCAAACUUUAAACAAGGUUAUCAUGUAUUCGGACAACAAGAAGCAUCAUUCUCAGAUGUACAACUGCAAGGUGAUAUGAUGCUCAUUGCUAGAUUUUAUUUAAAGAAGAAAACUCCAGGACCUGAAGAUGUACAUUUUGAUAAUCCUGAAGCAUCACCAUACGAAGAUGAAACUUUAGUAGCUUGGACAGCUUUACCAUUAGUUCAGACGCAUUUAAGAGAUUUAACUGCCAGAAGUCGGAUGGAAUAUGAUCCGUCCCACAUGAGAAUUAAUACUGGAACUCACACGUUAAAACUAUUUCAACCUCCAACACCUGAGGCAUCACGCAUACCAUUUGAAGAUGUGGCAUACAAUAGAGAGUGGAAGCCAUAUGGAAAAUCAACAUUACGUAUACAUAUAUUCCAGGGUGUGGCCAGACCUGGUUCAUUAACACCUAGUGAACUAUCUAGUGAUGGAGAGGACACCAUACCUGAGUUUGCAUGGUUACCUUUAGAUAGAAAACGACCACCCAGUGAACCUUAUAUAUCAGGUGAUGGUUUUGAUGUUUAUAUUGAUGGUUGUAGAUUUUUACCUGAUUCUGUUACAUUUACUAAGGUUGCUGGUCGUGUAUUAGAUAGAAAGUAUGAAGUAUAUGGUAAAGAUAUAUUAACUAGUGUAAAACUAGACAGUGAUAUAUAUAAUCCUAUAUAUGAACAUAAAGAAGAAUUUAGAGAACCAAAUAUACCACCAUCAAGUACUCUUCUACUUAAGAUUUAUACUGUUGAUAGUUUUUACAAGAAGUUAACUGUGGUUGGUUAUGCUACAAUGAAUAUAUUUGUUGAAACGGGAACAGAAAGACAGCCAAAUGUUGAUAAAAAUGCUAUGGAGAUAUCAUUAAAUACAGGCGCCCAUCAGUUACGAUUAUAUAGUCAAGGACCUAAUGGGGUUGAUCCAUUAAGUGAAGGAUCUUUACGAAAUGCUAAUAUUAGACUCAUACCUUGUGCAUCAGUACUGGUCAGAAUUGUUAAAGUUCCUAAAGGACCAAAUGGAAAACCAUUAGAGUCAAAUAAAGUACCUCAAAGUGAUUGGCUUAGAUUGGGUUUGUGGCAACCACGGCCAAAAUAUUCUGAUAGAGUUUAUUAUUCCAUGAAAUGUGUACCAUUAAAAGGAGAGAAUAAGAUGUUACAUGGCAUGAUGAAACGACCUAAAAUACCAACUCGUGAUGCUGUAGCUACACAUGCUCAAGCUAAAGAAGGUUUUAUGAGAAGUGAUAAGAAUAUGGAACAAUAUAUAAAGAACCAACUGACCAAAACUGUAGAUUCUAAACCAUUAGAACAAGAUCUUAACUUUAUAUGUCAGUAUAAUCCUAAACAUGGUUUCAAGAUAUCUAUUGAUAGUGCUGUUAAUGUACCCUGGUCUAACUUCACACAUGGACAUAUCUGUAUUAAUCCACCAGGAGCCUUUUAUCUGGGAGCACCACAUGCCACUUAUGAUAAAUUAGUAUUUACGGAAGCUGUUGAUUUAAGAAGUACAAAUACUUCACCAGCUUGGAGAGAUGGUUUUAAGCAUUAUCCCCGUCGAUCCUAUCAUCGUUUCUUGACAGCAGUGAUACAUUUACAAGAAAUAUUUGUGUCUGCCUCCAAAGAAAAUUAUAAAUAUGGUCUCUUAGAACAGGCUUGGACAGUAGUGCAGAUAUUUAAAGAGAAUUAUGCCUAUACAUCAGCUUUUCAACUACCAUUAUUUCAAGGUUCACCUAAUCAACAGUUCUUAAAACAACUAGCUAGAGAACCAAGUAAAGAAUGGAUGGAGAGAAAUAUUAGAAGUAAAAAUAUAAAGUUAUUAGAAGGUGCAUCUCUUUAUAUGAGAAUCUGUGAUGGUCGCAGAGAAGAUGAACUAGUUACAGAUGUACCUAUGAAUAGAUUGGUUGGUGUGAAUACUGAUUAUAUACCUCGUGGUUUAGAAGAAAAGUAUGGUCGUGAAAAACCUGGUAGAGCUUUAGGUUCUCUCGUUCCUCAAGGAAAAUCUUCAGAACAAUUUGUCGAGAAUUUAGCCAUCAAAUUUAAGAGUUUGGUAUAUAAAUUAUAUGAAGAAGGAAAUGUUUCAAAAUCCUGAAUAUGAUAUUUGUGAAAACAGAAGUUAUGAUUUGUCAACAUUUGAAAAGUAUCCCUGACAAACUAGUAUAUUUAAAUGUAAAUGUUGACAAAAGUCAAACGGGCAGAAUUAUUUCAGACAUAUUUUAAUGGUGUGCAGUGUUUCAUAAAAUAAAAAGAAAACAACCAAGUUGAUAUUCAACAUUUGUGUGAUAACUAAGACACAAUUUAUGGUGAUAUAGACAUCAAUAUUGAUGAUUUUGUUAACGUUUUGUAUUGUGUUAAUUCUCAUGUGGAACUGAAUCAGUUCAAGUGAAAUGGGAAUUUAUAUAAUAAGUGGAAAUGUUAUGUUUCAGUUUCUUCAGCAAAAGUACAUUGAAGGACAAUCAACUGAAUACAUGAUAAAACUUGUAAAAAUCCAUAAAGACACAGAGAAAAAUGAAUAAAUGUUUCAUUAACGUAAAAUACAGACUUCAAUAAGCAUUAUAUUUUAUUUCUUACAAAUGGACUACUUGUAGUAAAUAUGUUGUUAUUCUGUGUUAAAAAUAAUGCAGUAUAGAAUACAGAAAAUGUAUUUGACAAUUAAUUCAUAAAAUUUGCCAAUAUAACUUAUAAAUGGUUCAACUUUAUGGUGAUUGUGCAACCCUUCCAUGUUGAUAAUUAUUUGUAUAUAAUUUUUAUACACAUGAAUAUAUCCAAUAAUUUGUUAUAUAUUUUGUAUUGUGGUGUAUCAGUGUCAAUAUUUAUAUAUUCAGACUAUUGAAAGAACUAUCAUUUUGUCAUCAGAAUUUAAAAUCACAUUGUAUUAAUGUUUUAAUGUACUGUAUUAAUAUUCUGUUGGUUAUCUAUGUGUUAUGUCUUAACAAACCAACAUUAGUUUUUCUGUCAAAUUUCUUAACUAUUUAUAAAUUAAAAAAUUUUGUAGUGAAAUAAAAUACUACAUAUACAGUAAAUAGGUCAAAUUUUAAAGGCACAAUAAUCUAGAUUGUUCACAUGUAUUUCAAAAGUAAAAGAAAUGUACUAUUUUAAUGUUAAGACUAUUAUUACAUGUAUAUAUACUUAAGCAGGCCAGAGUUUAUAAGACCUUCAUCAAGAAUGGACUGGCUUGUACAGAGAAAGAUAGCACAAUUAUUUUUACUAUUUUGUCUAAGAGAGAUAAAGAUGGUGGUGUGAAAUCAAAUAAAACCUUUGUAAACUUAAAAUGUCCAUAAUUUAAUUAGAAUUAAUUGAUUUGAGUCGUGACUUAUAUUUUGACCAGAAUUCUUUUUUCUUUUUUUUCUAUGUACUAUUGAUUGUGUAUGACUUUUAACUUUAUAUUUAACGUUUAUUCUGGUAUGUUAAUAAUAUUUGUAGAUAAUAGUUGCUUUAUCUUUAAAGAUAAUCUCCUCUUGUCUCCGUUUCUUCAUACAAUGAUUCAAAUGUGUAUCAAAAAUAUAUCACGUACAUAUGUAUGGUUUGUUGAAUAAUUUAUUGUAUGUGAAAAUUAAAAUAUAGUUUUUAUGUCAA